UUGAACCUGUGCAGGAUUAAUGGGAGCAAUAAAAUGCUCCAAUAAAUUUUGCCUUGGAUAAGCUGGAAAUUUUUCAAUGGUUUAUCAAAAACAAAAACAUAAAUAACAAUUGUAUCAUCUGAAGUCCCAGACACGACCUUGGCCCCCUCAACUCGACCAUUCUUUUGUUCGAUGAAGCUCCCAAGAGGAAGUGUCCUUUUAAGGCGGCGUGUUUCAUGACGCUCUGCUGCCCUCUUCUGGUCGUAGACACCAUUACAGCUAUUUACGCUUAAGCCCUUUUCCAAUGCGCUUCUCAUGGAAAACAAAAAGGACGUGGGAAAAAAAAAAAAAGGGAGGGCUGCAGGUGCAGAUAAUGGGAAGAUGUUUGGGGAUAAAGUGGCCUUGGGAGACGAGAGCCGGGCAAAGACAACCUUCAGUUGUCUCUCAUAACUUGGCAACAUGGACAAGAAGGUGGUUUUGAUCACUGGCUGCUCGUCCGGCAUCGGCCUCAGCUUGGCAGUUCGUUUGGCUUCGGACCCGGAACAAACAUUCAAAGUGUACGCCACCAUGAGGAACCUGGCCAAGAAGGAGCGUCUUCUGGAGAGCGUCAAAGGCCUGCACAAGGACACGCUGGACAUUCUUCAGAUGGACGUCACAGACCGCCAGUCCAUCCUGGACGCCAGGGACAAGGUGGCCGAGAAGCGAGUGGACAUUCUUGUCUGUAAUGCCGGUGUGGGUUUGAUGGGUCCCCUGGAGGCUCACUCUUUGGACUCCAUGAAGCAAAUUCUGGAAGUCAACCUUCUGGGCACCAUCCUGACCAUCAAGGCCUUUCUGCCCGGGAUGAAGGCUCAGCGCGGCGGUCGUAUCAUGGUCACUGGCAGCGUUGGAGGCCUUCACGGUGAGGACCGAUCUGAAUUUCCCGCAUUGGUCGUUCUGAAUCAAACUUGUUCCACAGGCCUUCCAUUUAACGAGGUCUACUGCGCCAGUAAGUUCGCCAUCGAAGGGGCGUGCGAGAGCUUGGCCGUUCUCCUGCAACAUUUCAACAUCUAUGUUAGCCUGAUCGAGUGCGGACCUGUCAACACCGACUUCCUGGUAAACCUGAAGAAGGCGGAGCUUGGCGAUCCGUCCCUGCAGCAGGUGGACGCGCACACGCUGGACCUCUACGAGAGAUACCUGCAGCAUUGCAGUCAUGUCUUCCAGAACGCAGCCCAGGACACAGAGGACAUUGUAAAGGUAUUUUUGAAUGCCAUGCAGUCGCCCAGCCCGGCCUUCAGGUACUUCACCAGUGGGACGGUGCCUCCUCUGACCGAGCUGAAGGUGACACAGCCCGACGGUCUCCGGUACAUCAGCGCCAUGAGCAAACUCGUUUUCUCGCCCGACGAGCAAUGACCUGGGCGCGUUGUCCGUCAAUUUGCAGUUCGCGGAAAUGAAUCUGACUCAUCGCUGUUGCGCAACUAGAAAGCUCGAAGUUCCCCCGAAGACAGAUAUUCAACAUUAAAUCCCUUUUCGUAAAUAGUAAUCAAUGAUAACAUUUAGAAAAGUCAUAGAAAUGACUUUUGGUGAGCUGAAU